CAUGGCCCGAGCAACCCGCCAGCACGCACAGGCGCUCCCCAUCACCCACAAACUCACCAGACACAAGGCAGCAAAUGCCCCCAUGAAACCUCUCACAGCCAGUUGUCCAGGAAUUGCAGGCCAUUUCAUCCAAUCAUCUCAGCCAUCAGCCUAGAAAUAACGGAACCAAGUAUCGAAAGGCCCCAAAAAUGGAUCUGAUGCACGGGGGGCCUCAUCCUCUUGAUGCCUUAGGGCUGACCGGUGAAGAAGCCAGCCCCACGAUAAAGGUACAUCAACCCCACCUGUAACUCUCACUGUUCGUACGGACGAACGCUCAACACAACUAUUUGGACCUUCAUCUUUCUUCACCUGCCUAUUCUGCGGUUUCCUAUACUACUCCGAGUACGUUCUCGCGAACAUCCUACCGAUCCCUUUUGCUCUUCCCAGGAUGCCGUUCCUACUUGCCUUCCCUUGCAAUGCAUCGCCUCGCCUCCGUGGGUUGCAGAUCUGCCAGCUUGGCGUCGUUAGUUUGACGACGGUGCUCACCUUCCUCGCUGCCGUGAUCCCGAGCAAGCACAAGGCAUUCACGUUCUCGCUCCUGUACGGCUUGAUCUUGACGAGCAUCACCACCUCGAUCUUGAUCAACAAGGAGCAGAAGGCUGCCACGCGUGGCAUCUUGACAAAGGACAAGUAUGUCAAAUACCAGUUUUGGAAAGUUGCUGGAGGCUUUGUGAUGUACUUCAUCGGCUUCAUCGCCUUCGUUGCUUCGCCCGGUGGCAACGAGAAGCUGAGCAGGAACGAGAACGGACUCGUGAUCAACGGUGUCAAGGUGAACACUCUGCAGUCAACCAUUUUGUGGCUGAAUACUUUCAACUGGAUCUUCAUGUGGGCCAGCCUGUUCUACUCCUGCUGCAUGACCAAGCUCGAGACCGGCCCGAUCCGUCUUGAAGGCGAAGAGGCGAACAUCUCGCUGGGUCGGGACGAUACCACUAAUGACGAGGCGUAUGCUAGGCGUCUGCAGGCUCAGGAUCCCAACUGGCAGGCUUAGACAAAAACUUGCGUGGCACAAUCAACCACAAACCGGGGACUAGGGUUACUUAGACGAUGGGGAGGUACUAUGCAAUGCAGUACAGGAUGUAGAGCAUGAGGGCGGUGCGCUAUUAUGUUUGUGAUGGCGACAUUGGUAGUAUGCUAUGAAAGUGCACACGAGUUACGAUCAAGUAUAGCAUAAAUCUCACGAAUUUGGCCGG